ACUAAAUAUUGCACAAUAUUAAACCAUAACAUAAAAGUAUAUAUAUAAGCAGUUGAGAUAAAUUUUAACACAAUACAAUAGGCGUAUUACAUACAAGAUGUCGUGUCCGUGGGCAAAAAUUGAAACCCCACAACCACCGAAAUUAAAAGAAAUUAUGUCGGAAGAAGCUGCAAAGGAAAUUCAAAAAAAGAAAGAAAAAAACCUGGAAAGUAAAAACGAAAAUUCUGUUAAUGCGGCAAAUUGUACUGAGGAUUAUUUAGUAAGUGUAAAUGAGAGUCAAAUGGAAUUUGAAGAUGAUGUAUCUUCACGGCUAGUGGAAGAUAAUGUAAACAAUUGCAUUGAAGAGGAUUUAUUAGAAAUCAACAAUAUAAAUAACUGGAAUACGUAUGAUAGUUUAGACGAUAUAUUAGCAUCAAAACCACAAUGCAAUGAUGUUGUAGUGAGUUUAAAAAAAGAAGCUAAACUUUAUGAUUGCUAUGGUAAAAGGUUUGAUCAUAUUUUCACCAAUCCUAAUUCACGUGUACUACUAGCUAAUAUGAUUGAGAGCCAACUAAUAUUAAGAAUUAAUGAAGUUAUUAAUAUAGGAAAACAGACUGUCAUAUUACAAGCAGAUCCCAACUUUUCGUUUGAAUCAAACUUAUGGAAGGAAUGUGUCAUAAAAGUUUUUCAACCUUGUUCUGAACCUUACGACAAAGAAGAUUGGCAAUUCUAUAAAAACCCAUACAAAUACUAUUUAUAUAUCCUUAGUCGAUAUUGCUUACAUAGACCGUCAAAGCAUAUAAAAUUCGAUCCUAGGAUAGUGAGCUCUGAAAAUAAAUUAGCCAAACUGGAAUAUAUUAAUCUAAGAAAAUUAUACAAAGCUAAAGUUCCUUGUCCCAAAGUUGUUAUUUUGAAGUAUCACAUAAUGGUUAUGUCAUUUAUUGGAGAAAAAGGCAUACCUGCACCCACAUUGAAAAAUGCUACAAUGACACUAGAUGAUUAUGUUAUCGCUUAUGAACAGGUAAUUAGAGGAAUGAAAUUGAUGUUUAAUGAAGCCCAGGUAAUACAUGCCGAUUUAUCAGAAAAUAAAAUUUUAUGGCAUAAAGGUCAAUGCUAUUUCAUCGAUUUAAUUAAAGCUGUAGGACGGAGGCAUGAUUAUGCAAUGUAUUUCCUUCAUAAAGACUGUAGCACAAUUACUAAAGUAAGUAUUAUAAAAAAAAUUAACAAUAUGAAUUUUUUGUUUCUUUUCUUUAAAAUUCCAUGUAUAAAGCUGCAUAUAAUUUUAACAUUCAGUUUACGGAAUAUAACAAUGAAGAUAUAUGAAAAUAUGGUAUAAAAUAUGAACUAUGGAUGAAAUGGAACUUGACAGAUCUCUACAAUAAUUGAAAAGAAAAUCAGAUACAAAGAUAAUUGAUUAAUUUAACAAAAAUAAAUAAAAUGAACCACUUCAGAUAUAAGAAGAUAUUGAAUUUGAAAAUUUCAAUAAUCCAUGCUAGAAAAUUCUAAAAUAGGACUAUGCUAUAGUGGAAAGUAAUAGAAAGAAUACUAUCUAAAUAAGAAGACCUAGUGGAAAAUGUUAUAUAACUUACGAACAUAACAGUGGAAACUCUAUACAAUGAUUUAGAUCCAAUCCAAACAAAAUAAUAGGCAUUUUAGUAUAUAUUUAUACACAUUAACCCUAAUGCCAAGGGUACGAGCGCACUAAACCAAUUGAAAAACGACAGGGUAUAGGAAAAAUUACAGAAUGGAGGCCAGGAAGACCAAAAAAUAGUGAUAAGUAAAGUAUGUGACUGGAACAAAUAUAUGCAGGACAGAAAGAAUAGUCGAUGCUGCAAAAACAUGUAUUAAGCUGACCUUGUUAAGUUUUGAGCUCAAUAAGUCAUAUAUGCCACUGUAUGUCUGCUUCUUGUAUGUAUAAUGGCAAACUGAUACAAAAACUUACCAUAAAAUUCCAGCAUUCACAGAUUUUUAAAAAUAUGUUUAUACAUUUAUACCGUUUAGUUUUAAUAUAUCAAUCGAACUGCAGUUUUUUUUUUCAAUUUAUUUGAAUUACAAUUUUUCAGUUUUUUAUGAAGAAAGGAGUACAAAAAGUUUUCUCACCCGAAGAACUAUUUGAAUAUAUAACCGGCUUUGAAUGGGAAGAAUAAAUUUACAAAUCUCUACCUGGGGAUGAAGUUGUACUUUUUAAUUUUCGGACUGCCUGCAAUAAUCAUGAUUAAAACUUUAUAUUACAACGUUAUCGACAUAAUGGGAUUUGAAUACGAAAUCUGUGAUUAAAGACACUAAGCAAAGAGAUUAGAGCAAAUUAGAGACUAUGAUGUACUAACAUGAACCAUCGGAGAUAUGUAUCGACAAUAAAAUCGAUCAGCUUCACGUUUUCCAAAAUAGAUUUAUUAAAUGGCCGAGAAAGUAAUUUUCUUUCUUGAAAAGUUUGUUUUCAAAAUAUAGAGCUGGUAAUUGUUUUAUAAUUAAAGUUACUGACCUGUUAAUGUAUUGUGAUUUUAUUGGAAGUAUUAUUGUGAUUUUAUAUUUAUUAUUUAAUACUAAAUAAAUAAUAUUUGAAGUAA